CCUAUGGGUUCUGUUUACGAUUCAAACUGCAUGUGUUUUUUUUAGCUCCAGCAAAAGUCAGUGAACACUCUAAGGAAAAUACUUUAAGUCAUAGAAUUUCAAAGGGAUUGGCAGUUAACCAACUGAGUCAACUGAGCAUUACUCUGCAACGAAAUGCUCCCUUUUAUCAGCUAAAACUCCAGUUUAAAUAAUGGCAUUUCCACUGCCACGGCCACUGCCUCCUCAGCUUCCAAAGCACUUGCACCGAGCUAUAGAUUGUCAACAGGGAGCCGUCAGAGCUGUGCGUUUCAAUGCCGAUGGGAACUAUCUGUUGACGUGUGGCAGCGACAAGUCGUUGAAGCUUUGGAGUGUCUCUAGGGGAACCUUACUAAAGACCUACAGUGGCCAUGGUUACGAGGUGCUGGAUGCAGAUGGGUCUUACGACAACAGUCAGCUCUGUUCCUGCAGCUCAGAUAAGACGGUGAUCCUGUGGGAUGUGGCAUCAGGACAAGUGACCCGCAAACUGAGAGGCCACGCCGGAAAAGUCAACUGUGUGCGGUUCAAUGAGGAGGCUUCGGUGAUACUGUCAGGUUCCAUUGACGGGACAGUACGAUGUUGGGACACCCGCUCACGGAGAUUCGAGCCCAUUCAGAUUCUGGACGACGCCCGGGAUGGAGUCAGCAGCCUCAUGGUGUGCGAACACGAAAUCCUAACUGGCUCUGUGGAUGGGAGAGUGAGGCAUUAUGACCUGCGCAUGGGGCAGCUCCAUGUAGACUUCAUCAGCAGCCCCAUCACCUGUGUGUGCUUCAGUCAGGAUGGGCAGUGCACGCUCUCCUCCAGCCUGGACUCCACGGUGCGUCUGCUGGACAAGAACACGGGCGAGAUGCUGGGAGAGUACACGGGUCACCAGAACAAGAGCUACAAGCUGGACUGCUGCCUCUCCAGUAAAGACACACACGUGCUGAGCUGCUCAGAGGAUGGCCAUGUGUACUACUGGGAUCUAGUAGAGGGAUCCAUCACGCUGAAGCUGCCCGUGGGCAAAGGGGUUGUCCAAUCACUUUCGUUUCAUCCAACGGAGCCCUACCUUCUCACAGCAACAGAGGGACGUGUUCAGGUUUGGGGGGCAGAAGAACCAGAGGACGCAAAUGAAGAGGGCAUGGAGCCUCAAGAAUAAUGAAGGAUGUGACAUUCAGUUUGGGGGUAAAUUGGAUAUUACUUGAUGGUGAACAGUGGCCUUCCUGAAUGUUCCGGUAACUGUUGUGAAUAGUUUGUUUACCUACUUAUUUUUAAAGCAGUGAAUAAAGUUCUUUAUAUAAAAAAAAAGUG